UUCGUUUUUGCUCUUUCUGAACCGAGCGACAUCACUUUCAUGCCAAUUCAUUAACUUUUUUGAAGGUGGGAGGGUCCCUUUAACCCGGUUUACAUAGCAUUUUUGACGAGGCUCUAGCUCGUUAAUUUGGCGAUAAUUUCGGUGCAGUGGUCUUCAAAUAUUUAGAGGGGAUCAUUUUGUAAAUUGUUAAGCACCAUUGGCAUCUUUUGCAACAUCACGGACGGAGAUAUAAGCUUGCAACAAACCCUAUGUAAACCGGGUUAUUGAUAAAAAUUGAAAUGUGUCGCGCUUGGUUGGUUUGGUCAAGGGUUUGGUAGGUUGUGUUGCAAAAUAUCCGCACUUCGGAGGUGGGACUGGUUGCUAAAAUCCAAAAGCAGUGUUUGUGUUUCAAUCAUGAGCUUUACCAAUGUCUCAGAAGAUGACGAUUUUGAUGUAAAUGCUAUAACAUCAAACAUGAAGAAGUGCAUGGCAAAGAAUGGUUGCCUCUACUUGGAUCCAUACAUCUCAGCUUACCAUGACAUACACAAACUGCUGGUCCGUCUUGGGCCGGUGUUCGUCCCACUAGCGCACGACGUGCUCCAGAAGCUGCUGCAGCUCGACUGCCUGCGCAAGGGCGGCGCCGGCACCAGCUACGCCACCGUCGAGGGCAUGAUCGAGUUCGAGACGGCCGGCGGCGAGCUGGGCGGCGACGACAUCGGCGGCGGCGGCUGCCGGCUGCUGGUGCGGCUCCACCGCAAUCUCGAGUUCGUGUCUGAGUUUCUGCGCGAGCUGAGCCACACGCCGGACGAGGAGCGUCUGUCGGCCGGCUGCCAGGCGGCCUACCGGCGCACGCUGGCCGCCCACCACCCGUGGCUGGCACAGAAGGCCGCCCUCCUGGCCAUGUAUGCGCUGGGCACGCGCGGCGAGACGCUGCUCAAGCUGGGCACCCCGUCGGCGCUGCACGGAGACGACAUGGGUCUGUCGCAGUGUGCCGACCUGCUGCGGGAGGUGCACGGGCAAACGCAGCAGCUGCUCGAGGCGCACCGACUCACCGAGCUCGCCUAGCAGCCUGCCACCGGUAUGAGGACUGACGACCGAUCGGGGACGGACGGGGAGGGCCGCAGAUCGGUUAUAUACCUCUACACGACAUACAGAGGUGCAGACUGUGUCUCCCCCGUCCCUCUGCUGAUAUUACCACGAAGGUCACACCUCUGACCAGGUCACACUACGAAGGUCACAUCGUUACCGUCACCCACUAGCGUCCCCGCCACUAACGCCACGCCUACACCUGUGCCUGGACACGUGCCUGCCUACCGUCGCCUGUGUUGGUCACCUGCCUUAGCGCAACUGAUGUGUAUCAUGGCGUCAAACGCAGUCGAUGGCAUUUAUACGGGAAUGUAUUUCUAUCGAUGUUGGCAGUUAACUAUUCGGUCCUAUAGGAACGCGUGGAACUUUGAAUCGUUUUUACAUGUGCUGUGUAUUUUUUCUUUUUCUCUUGGUGGACUGGAUUUUUUCGUUUAAACAAGCUUAUAUUUGCCCGAGGUUUUCGAACGUCUGAUAUUUGACAAUGUUCUGUCCGAAUAAGGCGAGCUUAUGAAUGCCUUUCGAGCGACCGGGCGAACCAGGCGGUUUGUUACGCUUGUUAGCCGAGUGUGCGGAAUUGUGCCUGUGGGCACUGGUGAUCGCGAAAGACGCCCUACUUGCCAAGUCAGUGGAGCAUUGUGGUUCCUCAGGUAACUUCUGUGGGCGUAGAGUAGGGUGUAUCCAUGCAUGGUGCGUCCUCUAGCUGUAGUCUUCCCUCAAACGCUUGCUAGGUCUGUCCUUUACCCUGUUGAGAAUCCACUCCUGCUCCUGGUUUAGUAGUUUCCCCUAUCCACUGUGUGGAAUGUGAUGAAGCGAGUUCCAGCGAUGUGUGCCGGUCUUGAACCAUCAUACAUUGAACCAUGUAACUACAUGGUGUAUGCUGGUGGUGGUAUUUAAUUUUGGAUUCCAACGCUGACAAUGGCAUUCCCUCUGCUGUGAGCCCGGGCAUUGUUAAAGCAUUACCAAGCUAUUAUCGGACCAUUUACAUCGAUUUUCAGGUACGCUGUCGUGGUACACCCACGUCAGCGCUUUGGGGAAGGUGGGUCUGCCAGGAAUAGAAUGCGAACCUGUGCGAUGAGCCUCAGUGCUGCCAUGAUGUUGGACAUGUUUGGGGAAGUGAGAGCUGUUAACGUCCUCGGCUAGGACGGCGGUGGGAGCGUUCGGACAUACGCGAGGAGCCACCGUGAAACUGAGAUAUGUUCUGGUGCUCGCUGUUAUUACUAGUUAUUUUGCUCAUGAUACAUAGCUGUAUUGCAAUUGUUUGUUGACGGGCUACUAAAUAUUUUUGUAUUUUAUCAUUGCUUUUGGUUUAUCAGUGUGCUGGCUUGAAUUUUCAUGUUGGCUGUUUGUUACUUUGGGUUCUGGUGAUGCCGAGGCUUCAUAUCGAAUCAUGCCAUGCGACGAUUGGAGACUGAUGCCAACUGUUUCUCUGUGAAGAGUGCUGAGUAUUGCUGUUUCUUUGUUUUCUGUGUGAUGUGCGUGCCUUUCUGCUCGAGUUCUGUGGGUGUGUGGUAUAUUGGCGCUGUUGGGCUUAUACUCGUAUGGAAGGGAAUGUGAUGGAUGUGGUAUGCUGGGUCAGCCCUUCCGUUCCGAACCAUAAGCCCUAACGAUGCUGUGAGGGGCCUCUGUCCAAGCGGAGCCACGAGGAACCCCCCGUCCUCCGUGCUGUGAUGGACUGUUCAGGAGCUGGGAUCUGGUGGAGCGAGUCAAUGUGCUGUGUAAUACACUGUGUACCGAGA